ACAAGUUGUAACACAGUGUAUAAAAAUGGCUUCAAGCAGUGAACGGGUAUACAAAUAUAUUGCGCCUGCACCACCGGCCGAACUCAUCGACUGUACCAACUACACAAUCGAUUUUGUAAAUCGCAAGUUUUUACAAGUCGGCAUCGAUCCUACACAUGAGUUCAAUGUCUCUGUACGCAUAAUUACUCCGUCGCGUUUUGUAAACAUUUCCGUGGACUUUUUGAAACGUAUAUAUUCAUUGAUGGGGCAUAUUCUAUCACAUAUACUGGAUACUACAGUAAAAUACAAAAGAUUUAUUUUUCUGGAGAACGAAUUUGUUUUGCUUACGUCUAUGAUAUAUAGAGGGGAGUGUAUGUUGGUGAUAGAAUCAAAAGUUGAACAUGGAUGUAGAAUUUUAUUAAGUCCGAAAGAACUAAUGGCAAUUCAAAACAUGGAGUGGACUAUUUUCGAAACCGUAAGCAGAAAAACGAUGGUCGUACGGCCAAUGAUUCUAUUACAACUUGAUCAGAUAACGGAAUAUUUUAAAAAUGAUUAUAAUAUUGAAAAAGACGCGACAUUCGAAGAAUUUGUAGCAAUAAUCAAAGGAAUUCAAAUUGAAUUAAUAUCUAAACAUGUACCGAAGAACAAAUAUAGUUUUAUAAAUCAGAUAAAACUGCUUGCAACUGACCAACUAGCAAUUGGUUGGAUGGAGAAACUUAAUAAAUCAUUAAAAGGUGUCGAAGAAAAUUACGGUCCGGAAGAUUUCUUCUCGCCUCCGUUUACUCAGAGUUGUAUGUCUCGGCCAAGCAAACAGUCAAAGAAGACGGUGAACGAUGAAUACGAUGGACCCGCCCCCGCCAGAGACGAAACAAAAAAUUUAAAAGAUUUUUUCGAGACAUAUGAUUCAGCGAUGACACCAAUAGAAGCCGACAAUAUAGCAGACGAAAACAGUUGUUUUUCUCAAUAUUUGUUUUGA